ACGACUUCUGUUCUACAAUUAUUAUCUUCCGCUGUGUCGGCAUUCAGAGGGUGAAUAUGAGAAAGCCCAAAUAAAAGAGCCGUUUCUCUCAUCUGGCCUUUAAACAGCGGCGCUCACAGAACAGCAGCAUGCAUUCGCGCAUUCUGCUCCAGGGUACAGCAGCGGCUGUGGCCGCGAGGAGGAUCCGCACCAUUCUGGGCUCCGUAACAGCGAAGGAGGGCUGGAGUUACAGCGCGCGCGAGGUCAAAUCACUGAACACAGCUUCAGGUGACACUGUGAAGAUAGGGGACAUAUCUUACCAGCUGAAAACACCCAGGAAUCCUGAGUUUGUGCCAAUCAAUCACAUGCCAGAUUCCAUGCCACAGGUUGUUGCCCAGCACCUUCGGUGGAUCAUGCAGAAGGACCUGCUUGGGCAGGAUGUGUUUCUCAUUGGUCCCCCUGGUCCGCUGCGCCGGGCCAUUGCCAUGCAGUAUCUGGAGCUGACCAAGCGGGAGGUGGAGUAUGUGGCUCUAUCCAGAGACACCACUGAGACUGAUCUUAAACAGCGCAGAGAGAUCCGCUCUGGUACUGCCUUCUUCAUAGAUCAGUGUGCAGUGCGAGCAGCGACGGAGGGCCGGAUUCUGGUGCUGGAAGGGCUGGAGAAGGCCGAGCGGAACGUGCUGCCCGUGCUCAACAACUUGCUGGAGAACCGGGAGAUGCAGCUGGAGGAUGGACGCUUUCUCAUGUCCGCUCAGCGCUACGACAAAUUACUGCAGGAACACACUAAAGAAGAACUGGACCUGUGGAAGAUUGUGCGUGUGAGUGAGGAUUUCCGGGUCAUCGCACUAGGCCUACCUGUGCCUCGAUACAAGGGCAAUCCGUUAGACCCGCCCUUGCGCUCUCGCUUCCAGGCUAGAGACAUCUAUUACCUGCCAUUCAAGGACCAGCUUGAGCUUCUCUACAGCACUGGACAAAACGUGCCAGCAGAAAGAGUGUCCCAGCUCUUGUCGUGUGCUACUACUCUCUGCUCUCAAGAAUCUGCUACCCUGGGUCUCCCAGACUUCCCUGUGGACAAUCUACCACCUGCUGUCAAAGUGCUGGAUUUAUUCCCCAUGCUGUCUGCUCAGCAGCUCAUCCAAAGGCUCUAUCCAUAUGAGGCCAUGCUAAACAAGGAGGGUUGUAAUGCUGUGGAGGGUGUGCUUAGUCGUUUUGAGCUGCUGGAUGGGAAGAGGCAGCCGUCUCCCCGUGCCGUGGUACAUGUGGAGCCUGCUCCUGAUGCACAACCAGGACAGGCCUCAGUCACUCUCAAUAUCGCAGACAAGAACAUCUCCUUCCAGGUUCCAGCAGGGCCGCGGCCCCCCCGACCACCCAACACCAGUCCCACUUUCAUCAGCACCCCCACCCACGCCCGCCUGCUGGCCGAGAUGAUGCAGUCGCACCUCGUCAAGGACAUGUGUCUCAUUGGAGCCAAGGGUUUUGGCAAAUCGGUCAUUGCCAGAGAAUUUGCUGAGAUGCUGGGCUAUAGCAUUGAACCAAUCAUGCUCUAUCAGGAUAUGACAGCGCGAGACCUGCUGCAGCAGAGGUACACCCUGCCCAAUGGGGACACGGCCUGGAGAGCCUCUCCAUUGGUUAAUGCCGCUCAGGAGGGCAAGCUGGUGUUGUUGGAUGGAAUCCACAGGGUUAACCUUGGGACCCUGGCAGUGCUAUCCAGGCUGCUGCAUGACCGGGAGCUGGCUCUGUAUGAUGGCACUCGGCUGCUGAGGUGGGAUCGCUACCAGAACAUGAAAGAGCAGCUUCAGCUGACUGACAGUGAAAUGCAACAGAGGUCCAUCUUUCCCAUCCACCCAUCAUUUCGGGUGAUUGCGCUGGCCGAGCCGCCGGUGGCAGGCAGCAGCUCUCAGCAGUGGUUAGGCCCGGAGCUCCUCACCAUGUUUUUCUUCCACACCGUCAAACCUCUCGCCAAGGCUGAAGAGGCUGCAGUCAUCCACGGCAUGACUCCAAAUGUUCCUAACGAAGCAGUGGAGCAGUUGCUACAUCUCACCCACAGCCUUAGGAGAACCAACGACCCAACAGCUCAGUCUCUGGCAUCCUCACUGUCCACCAGGCAACUGCUGAGACUCUGUCGACGUUUGUCUCAGUAUCCUGAAGAAAGCAUUGGUCAUGCUGUAAACAAAGCCUGCCUGUCCAGGUUCCUCCCCAGCCUGGCUCGCUCGUCUCUACAGAAAAACCUGGCUGAUUGUUCUAUAGAGGAGCAGGCUGACCCAGCAGCAGAGCAAAAACAAGACCACACCUGCAUGGUAAGAGAUGGAGUUCUCACCAUAGGCAAGGUCUCCGCUCCCGUGUAUAAUCCUGAUGAGAAGAUGAAGGUGCCUGAUGUGCUCUUUUAUGAGAACGCUCAGCACAUGGCGGUGAUGGAGGACAUGCUAAAGGACUUCCUUUUGGGGGAACAUCUACUUUUGGUCGGCAACCAGGGUGUGGGGAAAAACAAAAUCGUUGACAGAUUCCUGCAUCUGUUGAACAGACCCAGAGAAUACUUACAGCUUCACAGAGACACCACGGUGCAGACUCUGACUCUACAGCCAUCUGUGAGGGAUGGGAUCAUCGUGUAUGAGGACUCCCCUCUGGUGAAAGCUGUUAAGAUGGGACAUAUCUUGGUAAUAGAUGAGGCCGAUAAAGCCCCCACUAACGUCACCUGCAUCCUGAAGACUCUGGUGGAGAGCGGAGAGAUGAUCCUGGCUGAUGGCAGAAGAAUCGUUUCAGAUCCUUUGGAAGCAUCCGGAAGACCAAACGCAAUACCCAUGCAUCCUGACUUUCGCAUGAUUGUUUUAGCUAAUCGACCAGGCUUUCCCUUCUUAGGAAAUGACUUCUUUGGAUCUCUCGGGGACAUCUUCAGCUGUCAUGCAGUGGACAACCCUAAACCUCAGGCGGAGUUUGCUAUGCUGAAGCAGUACGGGCCUGACGUUCCUGACGCUGUUCUCCAGAAACUGGUGGCAGCAUUCGGAGAGCUGCGAGGCAUGGCCGACCAGGGAACCAUCACCUACCCUUACUCCACUCGUGAGGUGGUCAACAUCGUCAAACAUCUACAGAAAUUUCCAGAAGAGGGUCUGGCUAAUGUGGUGAGGAACGUGUUUGACUUUGACUCCUACAACAAAGAUAUGAGGGAAGUUCUGAUCACAGCUCUGCACAAGCACGGCAUCCCCAUCGGCGCCAAGCCCUCCAGCGUCCACCUGGCCAAGGAGUUGCCACUGCCUGAUUGUAGAAUGGCUGGCCACUGGACCAUUAACCAGGGUGGCAAUGUACGGCGAAAGCUGCUGUGUCCUACUGAGUCCCGUCGUAUAGAUAUAAAGGGCCCGGUGUUUUUACGAGUGCAGGGUUUCCCACUGGAGAGACACGAGGCCAGAGCGAUGAGCUUCACGGAGGAACACGCCCACUGGCAAAUCCCCAUGAACGAGGUCAACAUCGUCUGUGACGUCACCACUGCUGGAGAUAUGAUCUAUGUGGCCACCUGUAACCCAGUGACUCUGUACUCCAUGCGAGAGCGGACAGACACUGUGCACUGCAUCGAGCUGUAUGAUGUCUUCCCCCGCACCAUCAGUGGAGUGUGGCAGCCAUUCGUCACUGUGGCAGCACUGGGCAGCCCGCUCCAGGGCCAGGUGGUUCUUCACGAGGAACAGACUAAUACAGUACUACACAUUGAUCUGGUCACGGGUGCAGUGAGAAGACUGGUCUUAUCUCCUAGUAAAGAGGAUGAACCUGUGCGUAAAAGCUCCAACUGGUGGAACAGCAAAGAAAGUCAGCCUGGAUACAAGAUGUGCAGGGAGUUUGCUCACAAGAACUGGCUUCUCUUCUACAUGGCUGAUGGGAAUCAGCUGGAUGUUCUGGAUGUGCUUGAGGGUCAAGUCCACACCAUCUCUCUCCCUAUCAACAUUAAGUCUGUGUUCCUGGUGGCCGAGGAUCGCUGGCUGCUUAUAGAAAGCAAAACUGACAGGAAGUUCUUGUUGACAAAGCCUAUGCAGAUGGGGGCAGAAGAGUCAGGUGUGUGUCAGCUGCACAGUAUCAGUGAGGAGGCAGUCAGCACUGGCUUUGGCAUCAGUUCAGGGAUGGAGCCUGCUGCCCCUCAGGACGUAUCCAGUGAGCAGCUGCCCAAUGAGAACCUCAGCACUGCCCUGGGACAGAAGAUCGUCUCGCCUAACCGACUCAUCUGCGACACCAACACCUACGCCAGUGUCAUAGUGGGCUUUCCAGACCUCUUGUCUCCGAAUGAGGUCUACAGCUUUAAGAGGUCUUCACCACUCACAGAGGGCCGAGCUCCUGAUAUGUUUUUUGGGUCAAGCCGACAAACGGGGCCCGCAAAGAGAGUUAACUGCAUCAGUCUGAUAGAAGCCAAUCAGGUGAUACGAGCUCUACCCCCGGCGCAAGUUCCUCUAGCUGAUAUUUUCCCUAAAGAUGUCACUCCACCUAUGACUGCUGCCUACCUGGAAGUGGUCGACCUCAACUCCAAAAAGCUUAAAUAUAUUCCAGUACCCAGGGCUUCCUCCAUGUCUCCCUACACUGCAUGGAUCUCUAAGGUGUCGGACACUGACGUGCUGUUAGCUCCCCUGGGCUCAGGUGGGGUGGUGACGGUUGAUAUGGGUGGCUAUGUAAGGCUGUGGGAGACAGGAUUAGAUACUCUGCAGCGCUCUCUGCUGGAGUGGAGGAACAUGAUCGGCUCUGAGGAUGGCCGUCCGGUACAGAUCACCAUUCAGCGAGACAGUGGUCUUGAUGUCAGCUCCCCAAAGCACGGCAAGAUUGACUCCAAAAAUGCUCCCCAUGUGGGAGGCAAUCAGUGGGCAGGAGGCACAGGGGGCAGAGACACGGCAGGGCUUGGGGGAAAAGGAGGCCCCUACCGUCUGGACGCUGGACACCAAGUGUACCAGGUCUCCCAGGCUGAGAAAGACGCUGUGCCUGAUGAAGUGAAGAGGGCUGCUCGAGAAAUGGCAGAGAAAGCCUUCAAAGAGAGGUUAAAGGAGAUAGAGAUGAGUGAGUAUGAUGCUGCCACCUAUGACCGUUUCUCUGGAGCGGUCCGUCGUCAGGUCCAGUCACUUCGGAUCAUUCUGGACAGCCUGCAGGCUAAAGGGAAAGAGAGGCAGUGGCUGAAGAACCAGGCGCUGGGGGAGCUGGAUGAUGCUAAGAUCAUUGAUGGCCUGACAGGAGAAAAAGCCAUUUACAAGCGAAGAGGAGAACUGGAGCCAGAGUUGGGCACACCCCAGCAGAAGCCCAAGCGUCUGCGUCUGCUAGCCGAUGUGUCAGGCAGCAUGUACCGCUUUAACGGAGUGGACGGUCGGCUGGAGCGCUCGAUGGAGGCCGUGUGUAUGGUGAUGGAGGCUCUGGAAAGCUACGAGCACAAGUUUAAGUAUGACAUCGUGGGCCACUCAGGAGAUGGCUUUGAUAUAGAACUGGUGAAAUGUGACAAAGUGCCCAAGAACAAUAAGCAGAGGCUGAGGGUUUUAAAGACCAUGCAUGCUCACUCUCAGUUCUGUAUGAGUGGAGAUUACACGCUGGAGGGCACGGAGCAUGCUGUUAAUCAGCUGGCGCGUGAGGAGGCAGAUGAGCAUUUUGUCAUCGUGCUGAGUGAUGCUAACCUGGAGCGCUACGGCAUCAGUCCUGACCGCUUCGCCCGCGUGCUCACCAGCAACCCGCAGGUCCACGCCUUCGCCAUCUUCAUCGGCUCUCUCGGAGAUCAGGCAGACAGGCUCCAGAGGACCCUGCCGGCAGGACGUUCUUUUGUAGCCAUGGACACCAAGCAGAUCCCUCAAAUCCUACAACAGAUCUUCACCUCCACCAUGCUGUCCAAUGCCUGAGCAGCCCCAUCUGAAAUACUGCCACCCAUACUCCACUCUGGAUCUGGGUGGGCGUUCUCCUGACCUGUACUGACGUCAAGGCCUCUCCAGCACUACACGUUCCAGUUUCUGCCACACAACUGUUUAUAUCUGCAGGGGAGGCUAUGAUGGUUGGGUUGGCACAUUUAAAAUUUUAACUGUUAAUUUUGAACUGCUUAAACUGUAGCCGCAUAAGGCAUAUUAUCCAGUAACAUCCUGAAGUAAAAAAAAGAGGUUUAGUCAAGACUGUUCAAUGAUUCAAUAAUUUAUUGAUGUGUUAUAUUAAUUUACUGCUGUUGCUGUUAGUUUACUGUUGUUGUUUUUGAUAAUUUGCUGCUGUUAAUACAUUGAAUUAAUCUGGACUGUUAAUGUGUUCAUUCUUUUCAUUUGUUUGGUCUAUCAAUCUAAAACACAGCAUUCAUAUCCAACUGUAAUGUCUGACCUUUCACCCUGUUAUAAGAGAUCAGUAUUGCGCAAGCCCUGGUGUUUAUCUGGGCUUUCCCAGGAGCCUCUCCUCACCUCGUGAUUGCAAAGUGGACACAUCCUGUGAGGGAGAGGCUGAGGGAGAGAAACAUCCCACCCCUCCUUCAGUCACCCACCCCUGAGUAUGUCCCAUAAAGCUCUCCUUCUCAUCUAGAGAAACAAGAACCUCAAGUGCAAUUUUACACCACGUUCCUGAGCCACGCCACCUCCAGUGUCCAGCAACGUGCUAGCUUCAGUGCACCUCAUCAUCUUAUCAUCUUUCACACCAUGAGAAGGAAGUGAUUGACAGCGUGAGGCAUGAGUCUCUUAUGAUCUGCCUGCCAUGAAUACUUUACUUGGCGCUUGGCGUCGGUGCAGGAUUGGAAACAGCAGUUCACGUUAAAGGGAAAAGCAGCAGCAGCUCACUCACUUCACUAGCCAGAUAAAGUGUGUGUUGUUUUGGCAGACAGAGCUGAGGGUAUUUUUACCUCUCUGGAUUACAUCCCUCUGCAUGUCCUGUUUUUUUAAUGAACUUGAGCGAGCUUUUUUUUUUUUUUUUAAACCCCUCCACUUCCUGUCUCCUCUGACCUGUUGGCUUUAGCGGUCGGCAGUAGCGGCGCAGAUUGGAAUGUUGCCACCCUGACCCUUGGCAUUCCCCACAUGACUGCAUGCACUACUUCAUUGCCGCCUGCGUAGGUCCCGCAGUCCCCUCCUCCCCGGCCCAGAAAUCCUCGGCUCUUUCGGGAUGCGUGUGUGUUUCCUGUGCGUCCUGUGCUCAGUGUAUGUCAACAGAGCGGCCCUUUUCCUUCCUGCGCUGCUGCUGGAUGCUCUGAAGCCCCAGCCGGGCCUCCACGCACCUCUCCACAUUUCUUCUUCAGGAGGGCCACAGGAUUCCAACUCUUAGGCUCCGGCUGCACCACAGUGGUCGGGUGUUGCUGGGGAGAAAGUAGGAUUGUAAUUUAUAGGUGCUGGCCAAGUAGUUGCUGUGGAGAGAGAAUGAGAGAGAGACAGAAAGAGAGAGAGAGAGACAGCAGGUGGCAGGAACAGGGAGUGUGUGUGUGUGUGUGUGUGUGUGUGUGUGUGUGAUGGAGGAAAAAGAUGGAUUUGGCUGCUGGUCACGUGUGUUUUCAUACAAAACAGUGGGUUGUGUGUAGUGGAGCAGCUCUGCAGUGCAUUUAAGGGCAAAAACCCAAAGAGGAAGAGAAGGAAAAUGUUUGUUAGUGUGUGUGUGUGUGUGUGUGUGUGUGUGUGUGUGUACAAACAUCUGUGGAUAAGCCACUACACUUGCCAAACGCAAGCUGAAUUCAUUAGUCACUAUUCUAAGACUACCACUGUUCAUACUUCAUAGUAACUGCAUAGAUUGGUUUAACUCUAUACAAUGCAUUACAUUCUUCAAGAUCCACUCAGAUGUUUCCAGAGAUUGUUUCAUGGAUGUAUGAUGUGCUUACGUACAUGGUCAUAUCCUGUGAUUGUAAAAUGGUCUGUUAAUAGAGAUUAAAUCAACUGUCUACUGAGAAUUUUAAAAAAAA